ACGUCUGUGACACAUUUACAAAAAUAAACAUCACAAAAAUAUUUAACAAACUAAAGUAUUUAUAAAUAUUUACAUUUUAUACAAUUCUACAAUGAUAUUCUUUACCUUCACCUAGAUUACUUUCACCCGAACAUUCUUCCUAACUAAACUAAUUAUUUUUUUACGGCUUAAAAAAUGUACUUGUGAUAUUUGUGCGAUAUGGAAAUAUCCACAGUCGGUUGGAUUGGAUUAAUUGUGAUACUGUUAUUUAAUAGUUUUGGAAUAUUUUGGCUAUUUACUAGCUUAAGCAGCUUACUAUUGUUUGUUUUUGGUAUAUUAUCCUUUUUGUACUUAAAACUGGGAGACAUUGAGAAAUUUUACAUCAAGUCUGCUGGAAACCCUUUAACUACAAACACACAAUGCGAAGGAGGUUUGAAAAGGAUCAAAAAGCUUUUAUCUAGUCCGAAAAAAGUACCUAAAGCUGACAACAGAGUUACAGGGAGUGAGCUUAUUGAUAGUUCCUUACAAGAGAUUUUAGGAUAUAUUAUUAGAGAUUAUAUUCAGCCUUGGUACCUACUAAUAUCAGCCGAUAAAGAUUUCCUAAACAAUUCAGUUAGACAGACUGCACAAACCUUUGCUAUUAACAUUUCUAACAGAAUAAAAGAAGUAGAUUGGAUCCCGUAUUUAACACAAAGGUUAGUCGAUGAUGCAGCCACACAUCUGCGACUGUACAAACAAGCUCGAGCAAAGAUUAAAGUACAAGAAAGAGCCAAGGAUUCGAGAAAUUCUCCCUCCAAAGAUGUUAAAACGUCACCGAGAAAAAAUAUACACAAAAGAAAUAAAAGUGAGACUGAUGCUACCUGGUAUACUGGAAAAGGUGCAGAAUUUAAGAAAGAUUCAGAAAAAGUAGUGGGAAAUUCAACUUUUUAUUCAUCCGAUUCUAAAAAGUAUUCAUUGGAGGACCAUUUUUUCGAUUUAGAGCUUCAAAUGGAGAAGAAUUUAGUAUGUAGAAGUUCCAUAAGUAUGGAUAAAAAUAACGAGAAAAAUUUUUUAAAUGAGAUAAUGGAAAUUUUACUAUAUAUUUUGCUACCAGACGAUGAUUUUCAUUGUAAACCUUUGAGAUUUUUAUUGAGAGAUAUAUUUUCUAAUGGAGUCAUAUUGCCACUUUUCGAUCUUGUCUCGGAUCCUGAUUAUAUUAAUCAAGUAAUUAUAUGGAUUUGUUUAAGGAACACACAAAUGUGUAGUGAGAUUUUCUUGACUACAUUAAGGAUAACUGAAAAUUCAGAAGAAUUAAAAAGUACCAAAGAACUGGUUGAAAGUGAAAUUCACAAUCUUAGAUCUCGCGAUUCAGGCGGAGAGGAUUUAUCCAUUAAACAACAACUAAGUAGCCUAAGUUAUGUAGUUAGACUUAUCGAUAAUCGCUUAGCGAAAAGAGAAAAUUUAGACGUAGAUUCUGAAAAUUCUUUGGAAUAUUUUCACAUUGAGAACAUUAAAAAAAUCGAUCUUACUUUAGAACAGAUACUCAAAGAUAACUUAGGACUCUCAUAUUUCAUGGAUUUUGUCUCCACGCAAAAGAAACAGUUAGAUUUAUUCUUUUAUUUAAAUAUUGAAGGCUGGAAGAAUUCGGUAGGCAAAGAACUUUUAGAAUUAAAAAAGAGCCGAAAUUCUGAACAUAAUGCCGCUGUUUACGAUAUGAUAAGAUCAACAGCUUUGAGUAUAUAUGACCAGUAUCUAGGAGAUAAAAAAGAUGAGAGGGUACAAAUCAAUGCAGAUCUAACUCAAAACCUCUAUUUCAAAAUAAGAAAUUUGAAUGAAGUUCCCAAUGAACGCUGGUUCGAUAAAGUCAAAGAUGUUUUAUUCUCUAAAAUGGAAAACGAAAGUUUAAGUCAAUUCAAGAAAAGUAAGGCCUAUAUUAAGCUGUUACACGAACUAGACUUGGUUCCGCAAACGGUCAAUGAAGAGGAUAACUAUAGUUUGAACAGCGCAGAUAGUUUAGAUGUGAACUUGGAGUCAGGGAAAAAUACUCAAAAAAUAGUGAAGCAUACAAGGUCCUUCAGUGAUGUUACAAUGUUCAAGGCUGAUAAUAGCAGUGUUAAUUUUUAUCCGUAUUUGAAAGCAGGUAGUGAGAUAGAAACGUCAAAAAUCAAUGUAGAUAGUGCCAAAGAAAACACCGACCAUUUGAAAACGGGGGAAUAUGAUUUGACAGUAAAUAUUAUAGAAACAGGUAUUGUAUGUGAAAAAGGCAAAACUUUUGGCAUAUACGCUUUAAGAGUGAGUAGACAGUACGCCACUGGAUACUUGGAAGAAUGGCACAUAUACAGGCGGUACAGUGACUUCUACGACUUACAUACAAAAGUGAAAGAAAAGUUCCCCGACUUGUCAAAAAUAGCCUUCCCUGGCAAAAAAACAUUCCACAACAUGGACAGGACCGUGUUAGAAAGGCGGAUGAAAAUGUUAGGUUACUAUAUGGGUGAAUUGUGCCAAACUAAGGUUGUCAACACUCACCACGGACUCAGGGAUCUUCUAAUGUCGUUUGUGGAGCAGGGGGAUUAUGAUAGGGCAGCGGGGGGACCUAUUUCUACAACGAUUAAUACCCUGGUUAUGCCUAUAAAAUUUGGCAUGAAAACUAUUAAAAAUAUGCCAGAACACUUAAUAAACACUGUGGAUGAAGUGGUGGAAGGUUUGUCAAAAGUAUUCCAUACUAAAGGUGGAAAAUUGCCUGAGACUAGCAAAGUUGGAGCUUCUAUAGAAGAGAGUGAUGAUAACAUUCCUUUGAGAAUAAUACUACUUUUGAUGGACGAAGUGUUUGAUUUAAAAUCCAGAAACCAGUGGUUGAGACGAAGAAUUGUGACGCUACUAAGACAAAUUGUGAGAACUAUGUUUGGUGAUAUCGUUAAUAGGCGAAUAUUAGAUUUUGUUUCUUAUAUGACUAGUCCUAAGAAUGUCGCACAUUACCUCCAUGUUUUUAAGCAGUCAUUUUGGCCAAAUGGUGUGAGAAACGAUAAGAAAUUCGAAAGAGCUCAUGACACUAAAAGUAGAACAAGAAUAGCUGCAAAGGUUGCCUUAUUAUCAUGCCUCUCGGACGAGCUAAAGCAUAUUAUAGGUUCCGAGACUACUCGAAGAGGUUUAUUGACCAUUUUUGAACUGUUUCAAAGGCCUGUACUCAAUCGUAGACUUCUCUAUGUCUUGCUGGAAGGCGUUUUGUGUACACUAUUCCCGGAAAAGGAUAUCAGUCAUUUACUUCAUAAACUACAUUCUAAGUCAAACAGAUCCAACAUUUCCGAUCUUCAUAUUAGGUGAUACAAUUUUUAGAUAGAUUAGUGCCAUUUUUAUUUAUAUUUUUGUUACUGUUUGAGAUGCGUAUUUAUUUUUGUAUAUUAGUUUAAGCACAGUUGUAUUUGUAUUCGAAUUAUUGUAUAUUAUGAACGUUUAUUUGAAAAAAUUAUAUAUAUUUGAUGCACAUGUUAUAAAUAUUUUUAUAUUAAAAUUCUUAAAAAGGAUUGGCAGCUCUUGUAAACAUUACUCUCCUGUUAUAUAGCCUGAAAUUAAUAUAUUGUAAUCAAGUUCAAGAAAUCAAUAAUUACAUUUUUUAUAUACAAAAACUUUAAACUAUAGUUCUUCUCACGUAGCUUAGUGCAUAGUAACUCUAUAACAGCGAUAUUUAAAAUAACAAUUCAAAUAUAGAUUAAUCAAAUAAUUAAAAUUAUUAUUAUUUAUUAAUUAAUUGUGUACUCUGUUUUUAUUUAUAUCAUUAUAUUUGUGUUUACAGAAAUAUUUGCCUAGAUUUAACGUUCAUAUUUAUUUUUUCUAUAGAUUUAUGUGUUGCUAUAGUGGGACAAAUUAUGUGAGAAGAACUAUAGCUAUAGCUUCCCCCAAAUUAUUUUAACUUAACAAAUGAACUUAUAUAAGUUUUGUUAGUUAUUUAUUAUAUUUUUAUGAGAUAUUUUGAGUUGACAGAAAUUAUCCUUAUCUGUAUAUUUCGAAAUUAUGAGAUAUUGAUAUAUACACCUGCAUC